AUGGAGGGUAGCUCGCCCAAGGUCAUUGAGAACAGCGAGGGCAUGCGGACGACUCCCUCCAUCGUGGGCUUCAGCGGGGACCAGCGGCUGGUGGGCAUCCCCGCGAAGCGCCAGGCGGUCACCAACCCAGAGAACACCAUCUUUGCAGCCAAGCGCCUAAUUGGGCGAACCUACGACGAGCCGGCAACGCAGAAAGACAAGAAUAUCCUGCCAUACCACAUCGUGAAGGCGCCAAAUGGUGACGCUUGGGUGGAGGCAAACGGCGAGAAGUACUCCCCGAGCCAGAUCGGCGCCUUCGUCUUGGGCAAAAUGAAGGAGACGGCUGAGAGCUAUUUGGGCCGCAACGUGGGCAAGGCGGUGAUCACUGUCCCGGCUUACUUCAAUGAUGCCCAGCGCCAAGCCACGAAGGAUGCCGGGAAGAUCUCGGGACUGGAGGUGCUCCGCAUCAUCAACGAGCCCACGGCCGCCGCGCUGGCCUUUGGCAUGGAGAAGCAGGAGGGCCAGAUCUUGGCCGUGUACGACCUCGGAGGCGGGACCUUCGAUAUCUCCGUCCUGGAGAUCUCCAGCGGCAUCUUCGAGGCAUGGCUGUGCCUUCCGGCCAUUUGCAGCCUCUUCGGCUCAAGGCCGGAACUUGCGAAAUGA